CGGACGAAACAGCGGAAGAUUCAAAACGAAGAUGGCGACUGAAAAGAAUCCCCAAAGCUUUCACAAAUUGGACAGAAGGUGGACAAAAUGCAGUGUGUUUAUCAGUCAGGAAAAGCCAAACGCAAACCAGCCUGUGAUCUUUAACCCGGACUUCUUCGUGGAGAGGUUGCGACAUGAACAUCCACAGGCCUUCGCGGAUUUGAUACUGAGCAAUAUCACUCGACUCAUAGAUCUUCCUGGAGAUGAGUUUGCCCAGCUCACGGGAGAGUCGGAGCCGAGAGUACCAUCCUCCAGUGGCUUCCUGCGGUCCUUCAACUUCCUCAAACGGAAAGACAAAGGAGUAGUUUUUGGUGCGCCGUUAACUGAAGAAGGAAUAGCCCAGAUCUAUCAGCUCAUUGAAUACCUGAGUAAAAACCUUCAUGUAGAGGGAUUGUUCCGUGUGCCAGGCCACAGCUUAAGGCAGGCAGCCCUGAGGGAGAUGCUGAACACUGGAGCAGAGAUAGAUCUAGAGACAGGCGACUUCCACCCCAAUGAUGCAGCGACAUUGCUCAAAGCCUACCUGGGAGAGCUGCCAGAGCCUCUGCUCACGCACAGACAUUAUCAUGCUCACCUGAAGAUUGGAGAGUUGACUCGCUUCGAUGAUAAAGGGGAUAAAACAAAUGUGCCAGAUAAGGAGCGACAGAUUGAGGCAUUCCAGCUGCUUUUUAUGCUGCUUCCAGCAGCCAACCGCAGUUUGCUGAAGCUGCUGCUGGACUUACUGUACCACACUGCCCGCAAUCAGCACAUCAACAAGAUGUCUGCUAUCAAUUUAGCCACGAUGUUUGCUCCACAUAUCAUCUGGCCCAAAAAUGUGAUGGCAAGUGAUCUUCAGGAAAACCUAGAGAAACUGAAUAAUGGAAUAGCAUUCCUCAUCAGGCAUUCACAAAAACUGUUCAAGGCACCUGUGUAUAUCAAAGAAUAUGCCCGCUUAUAUUUCACAGGAUCAAAAACUCUUCAGUCAAAUGAUGACCUGAGUCUCUAUUCUGGGAUCAAAGAUGGACCAAUAGGUGCUGUGACAGCUUCCUCCCCCUCUCCCUCCAUGAGAACAGUCACAAGUGAGGCUAGCAACGCCUGCACUAUCAGUUCAUCUGACACUCAGAGCUAUACUGAAUCUGCUCUCAGAGAGCUGUACCAGCAGGUCAACAACAUGCCGGAGUCGGCCAAAAAGAAGAAACUCAUCAGACAGUUUGAAAAGCAGCCUGUCCUGACUCCUUCAGCUGACUCUCGGUCACCAUUCAGCAGGAAACAUUGGCGUUCGCGCUCUCUGGGUGGAAUCAUUAAGAGGAAGGUGCUGGGAAGCCAAAUAUUUACAGAGAAAGAAAACAGCAGACAUCAGAAUCCUCCACCUAGCUGCUCAGAUGAUGGGCAGGGAAGAGAAAUUACCACCUGUGGAGUUGAUUAGUUGUCAUUGAAAGAAUCUGCUCCACACAACUUGGGAAGCACCUGUUUGACUUUUGUGUAAAAGGACCAUCUUCAGACUUCCAAAGAAACCAAACAGUGUAAUGCACCAUACAGUUGUUUUUUUUUUUUUUUUUUUUUUUUUUUACACAAUGUUAAAAUCGUUUGUUUUUCACUUUAUUUUGUUUUCUAUAAUUUUUUGUCAGUGUGAGACAGAAGUUAGUCAGACAACCAAAGAAAUCCACAGAAAGACUUUGUAGUCUAGUUCAUUUUUCUAAAGGUAAGAGACAAAUGGAGUGACUAGACAACAUUUAGUGUGUGGGCAUACUUUAUUUUAGGUCAUUUUAGUUAGCCAAUUUUCGUACAUAUUUAUCAAGAGCUCCCUCUUUAUUUCUUGUUCACUGGUGAUGCUCUUUACUAUGCAAGAAGCAUGCAUUUGCAUCAGUGCAUUUUGGGAUAUAUUAGCUUUAUCAUUGAUUGAAAUGUGUUUAGCUAAUUUGCAAAACUGAUUCUAUUUAUUUUUCAUUUGUCUUCUGGAUGUUUUAUUGGCCUUAAAGCCCUGAAUCUAGUUCUUCAGAUGUAGUGACAUAGUGUGAUAUGCAGGGUUUUAUAUUUAAAUACUAAAUUUGCUUGUAAGCUGUGGUAAGUUUAGAUUAGUCAAUGUAGACUGAGGGGAGGAAUUCAGAGAUGUGCCUUAAAGUGAAUAUAUCUUAAGUUACUGUGUAAUUCAGUUUUAUUUAUCAUAAUUAUUUUACCUUCCCGCGUAUGCUGAAAUUUCUCCAAAGAAUUAAUCCAGCAAAUAAGGCAGUAAAUACAAAGAAAGUGAAGAAUGGAGGAAGAGACACGGUAAAUGAAAGGCAAAAGCACCAGCUGUGAACAUUAUAUGAAUAUUUUUGUCUUUGUUUCCUCUUAAGCCCAGACAUUAGGUGUGAUGCUGUGAUACCUUAAACUACUGCUACUUUCAACUAUAUUGUGGAUUAUUAUAUUUUAGUUUUUCUCAGGCGGUUUUAACUCUUAUGCAACAUUGUAUACAGUUUAAUAGCUUUUUUUCUAUUUGUAUCUUUAGUUAUUCUGCAAGAUUCUAUUGGUUUCUUUUAUCAAAUUUUAGUAGGUGGUUGAAUGCAAAGAAAGAUGAAUCUUUUAGCGUUCUGUUGUGACUGUUACUUCAGAUGUUUAUGGGAGAGUUUUUGCUAAUGCCACUUUUAAAACCACCUUGUCUUACUCUUUCAGCAACAUUCUGCAAAGCUUUUGCAAUUUACGUAUAAUGUGAGUAAUUGCUGUAUGGUUACCUUUACUGACCAUGUAAACAGAUGAUUUUGGUGCUACUGUGAAGCUAUGCAACUCACUGUAAUUAAAACUCAUCAAGCUGCA